AUGGCAUACCGACGAGCUCUCUCCACCCGAGCCCUGCAGAGCCUCACCCGCCAACCUCUCACCACCACCCGAAGAAUGGCUCCCCUCGCCAACUACGCCAACCAAGCCGCCGUCCGCCGCAUCCACGCCACCUCCUCCCACCUCCAAGCCGCCACCACCACCGCCGCCUCCUCCCCCUCCUCCUACCCCACCUCCCACGACCAGAUCGGCCAGCCCCUCGACACGCAAAACUUCUUCGACAACCAGUUCCGCCCCUCCCAGACCUCGCAAUGGAUCGACCUCUACGACCCCGCGACCAACAACCUCGUCACCCGCGUCCCGCAGUCGACCGACGAGGAGAUGAAGCAGGCGGUCGCGAGCGCGCAGAAGGCUUUUCCGGCCUGGAAGGCUACGACGGUGCUGGCGAGGCAGCAGAUCAUGUUUAAAUAUGUUGCUUUGAUUCGGGAGAACUGGGAUCGGUUGGCUGCGAGCAUUACUUUAGAGCAGGGCAAGACGUUCGCGGAUGCGAAGGGGGAUGUGCUGCGUGGACUGCAGGUUGCCGAGACGAGCUGUGGGAUCACGACGGAUAUUCCGGGCGAGGUGUUGGAGGUGGCGAAGGAUAUGGAGACGAGGAGCUAUCGCGAGCCACUGGGUGUGGUGGCGGCGAUUUGCCCGUUCAAUUUCCCGGCCAUGAUUCCGCUGUGGACGAUUCCGAUCGCGACGGUGACGGGGAAUACGUGCAUCAUUAAGCCGUCGGAGCGGGAUCCAGGGGCUUGUAUGAUUCUGGCCGAGUUGGCGGAGAAGGCUGGGUUCCCGCCGGGUGUGGUUAAUAUUAUUCAUGGUUCUGCGAGGGCUGUGGAUUUUAUUCUCGACGAGCCGGCGAUCAAGGCGAUUAGCUUUGUGGGCAGCAACAAGGCGGGUGAGUAUAUCUACAAGCGCGCUUCGGAGAACGGGAAGAGGUGUCAGGCGAACUUGGGCGCAAAGAACCAUGCUGCUGUGCUGCCGGACUGCAACAAGAAUCACGCUUUGAACGCGAUUGCGGGUGCUGCGUUCGGUGCUGCGGGACAGCGGUGCAUGGCGUUGUCUACGCUGGUGUUUGUGGGCGAGACGAAGGACUGGGCGCCGGAGAUUGCAGAGCGCGCGAAGGACUUGAAGAUGGACGGUGGGUUCGAGCAGGGCGCUGAUCUGGGACCGGUCAUCAGCCCGCAGGCGCGGGAGAGGAUUGAGAGCUUGAUUGCGUCGGCGGAGAAGGAGGGCGCGACGAUUGUGAUGGAUGGGCGGGGCCAAAAGCCGGAGAAGUAUCCUAAUGGCAACUGGAUCGGCCCGACCAUCAUCGCCAACGUGAAGAAAGACAUGACCUGCUACCGCGAAGAGAUCUUCGGCCCCGUCCUCGUCUGCCUCAACGUCGAUACGCUCGACGAGGCCAUCGAGCUCAUCAACGCCAACGAGUAUGGUAACGGCACCGCCAUCUUCACCUCGUCCGGCGCCACGGCCACCAGAUUCCAGAAGGAGAUCGAAGCCGGACAGGUGGGGAUUAACGUCCCGAUCCCGGUGCCGUUGCCCAUGUUCAGUUUCACGGGGAAUAAGAAGUCAGUUGCUGGGGGUGGGGCGAAUACUUUCUAUGGGAAGCCUGGGAUUCAGUUUUAUACGCAGCAGAAGACUGUGACGAGUUUCUGGAAGGCGGAGGAUGCGGUUAGUACGCGGGCGAAGGUGAAUAUGCCGACGCAGUCGUAG